AGGAAAUAAAAAACACUGUUCUCCAUUCAUUCGUUCUUCUUCUUCUUCUUCUUCUUCUUCGUUCAGCAUUGGCUUUGCCUCACAUUUCCUCCACGCGUCUACUGUGUUUGCGAGUCUGAUCCGAUCGAAACUUCUUCCUCCAAAACCCUAACACUUCAAAAUGUCCGAACCAGAAUCUCAAAACGAAUCUCAACCAUCACCCGAACCACAAUCUCAGAACGGAGCACCCGAACCUGAAUCCAAUUCGAAUCACGAACCUGAUCCUCAACCAGAAACCGAACCGGAACAACCAGAAUCACAAGAACAAGUACAAUUGGAACCGGAAUCUGGAUCAAGACCCGAUCCAGAAGUUAACAGCGAUGCAGAUCUCAAAGAAACCGCGAUCAAUUCCAAUGACGUCGUUGGUACCAAUUCUUCACCGCAUCCUCAGUUGAAAAAAGAUGAAGGAAGUCGAACUUUCACCAUGAGAGAAUUGCUUCAUGGAUUGAAAAAUGACUCUGAACCCGAAAGAGAAGAUGUUAGCUCUCCUUACAGCCAAGAUAGUCAACAGCAACAGCAUACAGAACAGAACAAUGCUGCUAUGGAGUUGAUAAACAGCGUUGUAGGUGUUGAUGAGGAGGGACGGUCUAGGCAACGGAUUCUUACGUUUGCUGCCAAGAGGUAUGCUGCCGCUAUUGAGAGGAACCCUGAAGAUUAUGAUGCACUGUACAAUUGGGCAUUGGUACUUCAGGAAAGUGCGGAUAAUGUUAGUCCAGAUUCCACUUCACCUUCUAAAGAUGCUCUGCUUGAGGAAGCUUGCAAAAAAUAUGAUGAGGCCACCCAUCUUUGUCCCACACUACAUGAUGCUUACUACAAUUGGGCAAUAGCAAUCUCUGACCGUGCAAAGAUGCGAGGCCGCACAAAGGAAGCUGAAGAGCUAUGGAAACAGGCAACAGGGAACUAUGUUAAAGCAGUCCAACUCAACUGGAACAGUCCUCAGGCACUUAAUAACUGGGGACUUGCGCUUCAGGAACUCAGUGCCAUUGUUCCUGCUCGAGAAAAGCAAAAAAUUGUACGAACUGCUAUCAGCAAGUUCCGUGCAGCCAUACAGUUGCAAUUUGAUUUCCACCGGGCAAUUUACAAUCUUGGAACUGUUCUGUACGGAUUAGCAGAGGACACUUUAAGAACAGGGGGAUCAGUGAGUGCUCAAGAAGUUUCUCCAAAUGAAUUGUACAGCCAAUCUGCAAUAUAUAUUGCUGCUGCACAUGCAUUGAAACCAAACUAUUCAGUAUAUAGCAGUGCCUUGCGGUUGGUUCGAUCUAUGUUACCGCUACCACACCUUAAAGUUGGAUAUUUAACUGCACCUCCUGCGGGAGCAAUAGUUGCACCUCAUAAUGACUGGAAACGAUCAGAAUUCUUUUUGGAUCACGAAAAGCUUCAGCAGGUACCCAGAGUUGAACAGAGGCAAGCAUCUCAAAGUCUCUCAACCAGAUCAGGAGAUGCCAUGAAUGGGGAUAAGAAGACUAUCAAAGUAGAAAUAGCAGAUAUUGUUUCUGUAUCAGCAUGUGCUGAUCUGACUUUGCCACCUGGUGCUGGCCUCUGCAUUGAUACAGUUCACGGAUCAGUUUACUUGGUUGCUGACUCUUGGGAAUCAUUGGAUGGAUGGCUGGAUGCAAUUCGUUUAGUCUACACUAUUUAUGUGCGAGGCAAAAGUGAUGUAUUGGCGGGUAUUAUAACAGGAUGAUUGUAAUUUUGUUAAUUGUAUUACCAAUUUGGUCUGUCAAAUUGAGUAAGAACUCAUCAUCAGCCUUUUGCACUUCUUUGCGAACUUGUGUAUAAUGUUGAGUAAUGUAUGAAAUAAUUUUAACACAAUUGAAAAAUCCGAGUUUACUCAUUAGCCAUCUAUUAAAUGUGGAUUUUGCUGAUAA